AUGGAACAUCAUUACCGAUCUUUCGGUGUCGAGUCAACUAGCUUUCUCGAAGAUCUAAACGACCCAGGAUCUUGUUCAUAUACAGUCCACCAGAACGUCCAGAAUAAUGCAAACUUCAAUACCAAUUUUCAGCAACAAGCACCAGGAUAUUAUGGUUAUGAGUCCGGGUUUAAUGUUCCUCAACAGCAACAGAUUCGUUAUGAUCCCAAACUGUAUACAAAUGCUCCAUUAGGUUUCCAAAAUCCAGAACAUCAAUAUGACUGCAAUAACAAUCGACAACGAAUAGUUGCUCCAAGAUGUGGUUCCCCAUACAAUCGUUUGGAGUAUACAUGGGACCAGAACGCACCUUACACCUCUCCUAAUUACAGUCUACGUCCAGGUGACACACGUAUUUCUGUCCCCCAUUCUCGAACUCUUGAAGUACAUCCUCAAACUGGAAAUCAGUUUGCCUACCGUGUUUCUACUAAUCAAGCACUUGCAUCCAAGCCAUCAAGCUGUAUGGCAAGUUAUUUAAAUGGAAGUAAUGACUCGAGUUUUCAUCCAUCCACUCAGACUCAGUCUAGUAUCCAGUCUCAUUGUUUGAUGAAUGACUCAAGUGGGCCAUAUAUAAACACUGUGGACUGUAAACCUCAAAAGGCCGGUUUAUACAAAGAGGAAUCAACCCGCAUUUGUGAUCGUUUGUCUCAACUAUAUCGUUUGUCAUCUACUUCCCCAUCUGUUCAACAAGAAAUCAACUUUUUACAAGAGCAGCUGAGGACUUUAGAAUCGUCUGCCCCAAUGUCUGAAAAAUCGUCUGUCCAAACGUUUUAUUCAGCCCAAAAUUGUAAUGAUAAAAUUCUUCAGAACGUAACUCCUUCCGUUCCUCAAUUAGGCCCUAAUCCGUCCUCACCAUCAUCAUAUGCAAUGCAUCGAUACCCCGUUGAUCCAAAAUCAUCCGGGACAAACUACAAUCCUCCUAAUCCACGAAUGGUUUGUUGUCCAACUGAUACAUUAAAAGGCUCCCAGGAGGUAACUAGCACAAAUGAUUGUACAACGACACCCAUCUCAUCUAGCUGUGCUUCUGUUGCAAAUACCUCAUAUCCAUAUGUUGUCGCACCUCAUUUACAAGAAGGUUCCUCGGCUGUGUGCGGCCAUGUCUCCGUUCGUACUGUUAACAGUUACUCAACUGUUCAAUCCAUCUCAAAUAAUCAAACUACCCUGCCAAGUACUAUUUCAAGUUGUUUUGUCGACAGAAAUAUAUCUACAGGAUCCAGCCUACUAACAUCAUGUUCCCAACCAGGUAAUGUUUGUGGUCCCUUGCUUGUCACGUCCCCGAGUAGUAAUAAUAUAAGCCCCUGCGUUACAUCUUCGUGCUUGUCGAGUUUUUGUCAGUCAACUGGUGUAUCUAAUGGAUUUUUGGAAAACUCUAUCAACCAACAAAGCUGUGAGUCCCUUACACCUGUAAGCGCUACAUUGCCUCAGAAUAAUCCAGCCCUUCAAAAUUCGUUAGGUGUUUCUAGAACUCAGCAAGUUCCUAAUGAUCCACAAUCGAACUCAAGAAUUCCUGAGGUACUAAGCUGCACUUCUGUAGAUACUGAAGUUGACUACACUAAAAUAAAUGUAUGUACUAGUCAAAGUAAUCUCAUGGGACCACUUAACUCCUGUUCAUUUCCACUCAAUUCAGAUACAGUCCAACAAUCAAUGCACGGAUCGACAAUCCACUACCGUCAAACGGACAAUGCUUCUGAUACUUCUUUUAAUCCUCUGUGUAAAAAUAUGACAGAAUCUUCCUGUGUUAGUGCUUCAUCUGUCACUUCCGGUAACUUUUCUCAGGUAUACCAAAAUUAUGGACAGUUCGUCCCAUUUACUCAAGAAAGUCUACUAAAUAUGAACGCCGGAAGUUACUGGAACCCGCAGUACCAAGGAACUUCGAGUGAACUAAUUGGACAGCAUCUACAGCCUAUAGCACCGGCGCCUGUACAUUCCGUCGUAGGAGCUGGGACUCAAUGCAUUGAAAUAAGUAAAUUUGGCAAUCUAGGCUGCAAUGAUAUGUCUUACGCUCCUAUAUUACCGAAGACUACAUCUGCUGAAUCACAACCAGUGAAAAAGACUAGAGGACGGAAGCCUAGAAAUCACGAUAAUGAUACAGACAAACAUCCGCGAAAACCAAAAAAGAGUCGGGAAGUUGGUACUCCGACAAAUGAAGCUCAAUCUGACAAUACACCUGACAGACCUGUUUUUAUAGCCCCACUAACAAAACGUCCUCGUGGUCGCGCACCGAAAAAAUGUAAAACAUCUGCUGAUGGUGCCAACAACUUCGUCCCAGAUCCUUUUGCCAUCGAAAGUAUCGAUGAGAAUAUCGACAGUGGAGGUAACGAAUCUCCUUCAGAAAGCAGAAAGCGUCGGGCUUCUGUUCGUCCGGUUGAAGUCCGAAAGAAACGGAAGUACAGAAAGUCACUUAAAUCCAUGUCUGAGUUAACGAACAAUUCUUCUAAUAUUUCACAAUCUCCAGAAACAACUUCACCUAAUAAUUCCACACAAUUAUCUGAAACAAUAACAAAACAGGUUAGAGUUGUUCGAGCUCGACCUCGUCCAAAAAAAAGAAGACCGUUACCUACGUUGAUUAAACGGAAAAAACGCUCGGCGUUUUAUGGAGAUGACUCAGGAUCCGAACCGGAUGUAUCUGGUCGCUUGGGAAGUCGUACUUCUGAAGUUCGAGUAGAAUCCGAGGGUAUCAAUAACCCGAGAAAUAAACGUCGUUCAGAACGAAAUACUGGCGACCGUAAAAGUUAUACUGACGAUUUACAGCUUAACCUUAGUGAUGAUGAAAUUGAUGGCCAGGAUGGUGAAAUGAUCACGCUUAAUGACUCUGCCGAUAUUACCGAGGAUGUAGAUACAAAGAUUGUUGAGUCCGUACUUGGUCGACGAACUACCAAGAGAUUGAUCAAAAAAAUUACUCAGACUGAGAUAAGAUCUAGCGACGAUGUUAACCAAAGCAGUAAGGUUGACAUGCAAAAUUCAAUCAAUACUUCAGGGGAAAAGUCUCAAAUCACAGUUACAGAAGAAGAGGAAGAAGAAGAAGUUGAAGAAUUUUAUUUAAAAUAUAAAUCCUAUUCGUACCUCCAUUGUGAGUGGCGAGCUUUAGACGAAAUUACUGAUCCACGUAUCCUUCCAAAAAUAAGACGAUUUGAAAUGAAACAGGCCAAUUCACUACGCACUGAUGAUGACGAUGUCGUAUUGUUUAACCCAGAUUAUGUGGAAGUUGAACGCGUACUGGACGUUAAAGUGUAUAGCAAUGGUCAACUAAUACCUACAGAGAAAUUAGAACGUGAGUCUGGCAGAGAAAGCUUCAGUGGUGAUCCAAUGGAUCUAAAAAAGUAUAUUAGGCGACACAAAGAGCGCAAUAAAGUCCGGAAUGUUCAUGAGACGAAAUGCAAAAUAAAAAGUGAAGCUCCAUCUGAGGAGUCGACUGUCAUAUUAGCAAUGAACAAUUCAGAAUCUGUGUCGGAAAAUCGUUCAACAACACCACUUACUGAAGAUCUCCUUGAACCUGAUAAUAAUCCAACCUGCCCCCCUCCUAGUGGUUCCAAUGCAGGUGAUACAUCUUCACAUAUUUCUCAAACUACACUUGUUGAAUUAGAUAUAAAGUCUACAGAUACCACUUGUCCUAGUCCUGUUGAUCUAAUGUCAUCUCAUACUGAGGAGAAAGAUAGGCUUGUUGAUGCAAGUGAUGGAAAUAUAUCAGCAGAAGCUAAGCAAUCUGAAUUAGAAAACAUACAAUUGGAAGCAACUUUACUAACGGAUAAAAUUGAAAAAUAUGAAACAGAUGAUAAAGAUGAUGAUGGCAACUGUUCACCGAUCAAUGUAACUUACUACCUAGUUAAGUGGCGUUCAUUAGCUUAUGAAGAUGCUACAUGGGAAUUAUCGCAAGAUGUUGACCCGGCAAAAGUUAAGGAAUUCUACAAACGUCGUUAUCCACCAAAGAAUCCUUUUAUUCCCCGGGAUAAUAAUUACAAGAUUAUUCGACCUGAUCCUUCUACUUGGAAACCAAUUGAUUCUCAUACAAUUUAUAAAAACAACAAUAAACUACGUGAUUAUCAAAUUGAAGGAGUUAAUUGGCUUACAUUCUGUUGGUAUCAUCAUCGUAAUUGUAUUCUUGCCGAUGAGAUGGGUUUAGGCAAAACAGUACAAAGUGUAACAUUUCUGCUAGAAAUAUUUAAAGCUAAUGUACAAGGUCCAUUUCUAAUUAUAGUUCCUUUAUCUACUGUUGGCAAUUGGCAACGAGAAUUUGAAAAUUGGUCAGAUUUUAACGUGAUUAUUUAUCAUGGAAGUUCUGUCAGUCGAAGUAUGAUUCAAGAAUAUGAAAUGUUUUAUCGUAAACGUACAUCAGGUGCUCCUAGACAUGAUAUUUAUAAAUUUCAUGUGGUAGUUACAACUUUUGAAGUUCUCAUGAAUGAUAUUGAAUUUUUCGGUCAAAUUCAUUGGGCAGCUGCUGUGAUAGAUGAGGCGCAUCGAUUAAAAAAUAAAAAAUGCAAACUUGGCGAAGGUUUGAGAUAUUUAGAUCUGGAUCAUCGUGUUCUACUUACUGGAACUCCGUUGCAAAAUAAUGUAGAAGAAUUGUUUGGUCUAUUGAAUUUUCUGGAACCUGAGAAAUUUAAUUGUUCAGCCACUUUUGUUGCUGAAUAUGGUGAAUUGAAAACGGAAGAACAAGUUGAACGUUUAAAAACAGUGCUAAAACCAAUGAUGUUACGUCGGUUAAAAGAAGAUGUUGAAAAGAGUUUAGCACCGAAAGAAGAAACUGUCGUUGAGGUGGAAUUAACUAAUAUACAAAAAAAAUAUUAUCGAGCAAUUAUGGAACGUAAUUUUUCAUUUCUAUGCAAAGGUUCAAGUACAAAUGCACCUAAUCUAAUGAAUAUAAUGAUGGAGUUGCGAAAAUGUUGUAAUCAUCCAUUUCUAAUCAAAGGCGCUGAAGAUGCUAUACUCUCAGAAUUUCAGGCAAACGAUAGUACUUUGAGUGAAGAUGAUCUAACCUUUCGCACGAUGGUCUAUGCUUCAGGAAAGCUUGUGUUAAUCCAUAAAUUGUUGCCCAAAUUGCGUGCUGACGGUCACAAAGUCCUUAUAUUUUCUCAAAUGAUCCGUGUACUCGACAUUCUUGAGGACUAUCUUGUUCACCAAGGAUUUCAAUUCGAACGAAUAGAUGGACGCAUUCAUGGACCAUUACGACAAGAAGCGAUAGACAGAUUCAGUGUUGAUCCGGAUAAGUUUGUCUUUUUAUUAUGUACCAAAGCUGGUGGUUUGGGAAUUAAUUUAACUGCAGCUGAUGUAGUGAUUAUUUACGAUUCUGAUUGGAAUCCUCAAAAUGAUCUUCAAGCUCAAGCUCGUUGUCAUCGUAUUGGUCAACAAAAAAUGGUUAAAGUUUAUCGUCUAAUUACUCGUAAUACUUAUGAACGUGAAAUGUUCGAUCGAGCAUCUCUUAAACUAGGCUUAGAUCGAGCUGUUCUCCAGUCUAUGGGCAGUAAAGAAGCUAGACAAGCUCAGAUGACCAAGAAAGAAAUUGAAGAUCUUUUAAAGAAAGGUGCAUACGGAGCAUUAAUGGAUGAUGAUAAAGCUGGUGAAGAUUUUUGUGAAGAAGAUAUUGAUCAGAUACUUCAAUCACGAGCUCGUGUUGUUCAAUUGGAACAAGGAAAAGAGAAUUCUACAUUUUCUAAAGCGACAUUUUCAAUGUCAGAUAACAGAAGUGAUAUUGCAUUGGACGAUCCGAAUUUCUGGCAGAAAUGGGCUAAAAAAGCUGGAGUUGAUGAAACCUCACUUGUUAUGAAAGAUCUGAUAGUCCAAACUCCACGUCAGCGCCGUCAAACUACUCGUUAUUCGUCAAUAAUGGUCAAUGAACCUCCUAACAUUCCAAGUCCAGCUAGCUUUAACAUGUCUGAUUUCGACGAUAAUGCUAAUUCAAACAGUUCUGGUGAUGAAACUGUUAUUCAAUGUUCGUCAGGUCGAAUCCGAUCCCGUCGGAAUCGGCGAGCUGCCCGUAACUCACGGAAAUUAUCAGCAGCUUCAACCACCAAGCAGGAAAAAUCUACUGUUUCAAAAGAACCUGAUGGAUACUUGGAAAGUAAUCCGAAUGUAAUUGAACCACUUGAUCGAGCUGAUCUAUUUCGUGUUGAACGAUGUUUACUCACGUGGUCCUGGGGUCAGUGGGAGCAAGCAAUUUCGUCUGUUACUUUUAAACGAACCAUGCUACCAUCUGAGUUGGCUUAUUUUUCAUGUGCUUUAUUGGAUUACACUUUGCAGUGUCUACCACCAAAUUCAGAUGUUCGCACACGUGCUAUCUGUGAAACUCUUGCUCGUCCUGGUACAUGGAAACUUGACAUUCACCAGGUGAAUGCUGUUGUUUCAGAAGCCACCGCUAAAAUUAAAUGUAUGGCUCCUUCUAUUUCACUUAAUAUUGACGUUGAAAAUUUCGAAGGUCAAACACCAAUUAUAGAACAAAAAGUAAAAAAGAAGGAUGAUAUGUUAUCUUCGGAGUUGUUGACUGAGAGUAAACCAUGUUUAGACUCUCCCAUUCCUAGUGAUUAUAAUGCAACUGGAAGUCCUGUACCAGAUGAUGUUUUAUCAACUGAUCCUUUAAAUACUGCAACAGUGAAAUUAACUUCGGACGAUACAGAUCUUGUACAUAAUAUGGCUGAAUGCACUCCGACUACGCAGUUGGAGUCAUGUGAACCAAUUGAAAAGAAUGAAAUGCCAGAAAAAGAUGAAGAUGAUAUUGAUGAAGAGAAUCUUGUCAAAGUAGAAGAAACUCAAAUAUCUCCUAGACUUGCAGCAUUCAAACCUGAACUUCUACUGCCGUCUGAAAGUUUUAAAAAGCAUGUUCAAAGAGCUGGAGCUAGGCUUUUGAAUCGUGUUGCUCUUCUAUUCUUUUUACAAUGUGAUAUUAUUGGUAUAAAUCCUGCUCAAGAUCUUAUUGCAUCUAAAUUAUGUCAUACUGAUUUCAAUGAAUUAGCGUCCAGUUUACCUCCAUUAGAAGCUCUCGAUUCAGAUUUACCUGCUCCAUGGUGGGAUGCAUGCUGUGACAAAUGUCUACUACUUGGUAUUAUGAAACAUGGAUGGGAAAAGUAUACAGCAAUUCGUUUAGACCCGAAGCUAUGCUUCCGUUCUCGUGCUGUUGAAAUUGUUCAAUCUCAAUGUCCAACUGUACUAGAAGGCCUGAUGAGAAAAUGGACGCGUAGAGAGGAAGCUGAUUUUUACCGUGUAGUAUCAAGCUUUGGUGUGGAAUUUACUGAAAUUCCACCAACAGAUAAUGAUGAAUUGCCAAAACCAGACACUACUGAUGUUAUCGAUGAAGAAUCAAAGUCAUCGCCGAAGCCACCAAUUCCAAGAAUAUAUAGUUGGAUUAAUUUUCGACAACUUGGUAAUCUAGGUCGAAAAUCCGAUCAAGCACUAGUUGAAUACUUUCAAGCUUUUUAUCGAAUGUGUCAACGUGUUUGCAAAAAAGAACUCACUAUAUUUGCAGAACCUGCUUCCACUAUUGCUACUACUACAACAUCAGGAUCAAGUGAUUUAGGCUGUGAACUUGUAAUUGAUCCAAUUUCUGAAGAACGUGCUAGUCGUUGUUUAUCACGUAUUGAUUUAUUGGUACGAAUUCGAAAUAAUAUUUUACAGCAUCCUGAUCUAGAAGAAAGACUUAAAUUGUGUCAGUCUAGUUCUGAUCUUCCAGGUUGGUGGAUACCGGGAAAACAUGAUAAAGAGUUGUUGUUUGCUGCUGCAAAACAUGGACUAGCUCGUACUGAUUUGAAUAUUCUUCAAGAUUCGAACUCGAGUUUCGCACGGAUAGUUCAGUUAAUUCGCGAUAAGCUAGCUCAUGAUCCAGCAGUCACAGACUAUCCAGGAGAUUUGAAUGCUAAUCAAUCAAGUCGAUCCAGUAUAGCUGCAGCUGCUGCUUCGGCAGCUCGUUCAGCUGCAACCCAGUUAUUAGAAGAAGAAAGUACUGGUCCCUCUGAUGUACCAUCAUCUGAGGCAAAUACAGUCAAAGUUGAUAUAACAAACAAAUUAGAAUGCAAUCAAUCAGACAAUCACUCUCCAAUGGUUUCUACAAAUUGUCAAGAUCCUGUCACUACCAAAGAUGACAAUGAAGCUGAUUCUGUAACUUCUGAAACUGUCGUUUCACAUGAUAUUACAACUCCAUCUGCUGUGAAUAACAUUGAGAACGAUGUAUCAUCAGAUGUCAGCCAGAUUGUGAAUGAGAAAAACGAUGUCAAAGUCACUAUUAAAGAAGAUCAAGAUUCUGCUUCCGUGAUUGGUGGUGUGGACGGUGCUGAUAUUGCUAAAGUCGGAUCAGACUCGACUGUUGCUGAAUGGUCUCUCAAAUUCGCUACUAAUCUGGCAAUCUCAUGGCCUAAAGACAGAACUAUUCAACACCGUUUAGAACUUAUUUGUCAAACUGUUGAAACUAACGAAUGGCCAAAUCCUCGCCGUUUUAUUACACCGAUUACCACUGCGAUUCCAGUUUCAUCUUCUAUGGUAAAUUCUACUCGGUCGCAUGUAGAAUCAAAGAUUACUAAUUUAAGUACUGUAUUUCCUCCCAAUUAUCGAAGUUCAAUGUCAUCAAUUCGUGACAAUUAUCCCUUAUCGUCUAGUAAUUCUAGAAGGACUUCGAUGAAUUCUACUCAUGUUUCAUUACCUCGAAAACAGUAUGGUCUACCGGUUUUUUCUCCUGAAAUGAACUCUAAUUCAAUUGAUUCAACAUGUGACUUGAAGUUAUCUAGUCUAACAGACAUAUCAUCUGCGGUUACGAACAAUGAAUUAGACGAGCCACAGCAAUUCGAUUUCUCUAUAGGUGGGAGGCAUAUUAACUCAUCACACUGUAAGUCAGCGUCAUUACAAUCUUAUUCUUCUGAAACACCGUCCUCAGCUUCCAUACCAACAGAAUCUGAUGAGAGUAUUUCUACAUCUGCCAACUUUCCAUUAAAUAUAAAUGAUAAUCCAUUACCCUUUGUUUCUACCCCUACAAACGAGAAUACAUUAGUCGACCGAAACCGUGGUCGAAGUCGUAAUCGAAGUAAUCGAUCUAACUCACUUAGCAAAAAUUCAUUUAAUAAUCGUGAUAAAUGUCAAACAAAUUCUGAUACUGAUCAAGAAACCUUAACAUUUCGUGACACUACUCAAAAAUCUACAACUUCGCAUUCUGAACACUUUUCACAAAGUUCCAAAUCGUUAUCGAUUGCUGCCAGUAAUCCAGUGUCUGAUGAUAAUGAUUUUUCAAUGCCACCACCAAGUAUGCCAUCUGCGCCACGCUCUGUUUCCGGAGCAAAUAAUCGUGGACGUAAACGGAAAAGUGAUGCAUCUAAACAUCUACCGGAUUCAAAUUCAACGUUCUCAAAAGCUUCGUACAGUUCUAAACGUGAACGUGUCAGUUCAUCGAAAAUUGAGUCGAAUAGCAAUGAUAUACAAAAAGCUUCUCAAAAUACAAGUUCUGACAUUUGGGAUGUACGUGUCCCUGUAAUUAGUUUAGUUGAUGGUUCUUUAAUUUAUGGUGAUAAAGCUCCUGAACGAAGGUCUCUUGAAGCUUGGUUGGAUGCAAAUCCAAACUAUAUGCCAUAUUCCGUGGAAGUGGAGGAUCGUGCAAUCUAUAAUCGUGUUGCAAGUGCUAGGGGCCAAGAUACAAGUAACAUGGAAGCAUUGGCUUAUAAACAUUACUAUUCAAGUAAUGUUUAUAAGCCAAUGCUUCCAUGUUACUUGUAUCUUGGCCCCUAG